GCAAGGAUGGUUACGCGGUUGGUAAACAAAAGCGCGCGCUAAGUCUCCCGUAUUCUGUUAUGUGUGUUUGUAGUGAUGUGUGUUGUUAAAAUCGUGGUUUUGAUGGGAAUUAUUGGACGUGUACGAAAUGGGGGUACGGAACAAACGACGGAGAAGGAGAUGAGACCGGAGUACAUCCAUCCUGACGGUCUACUUAACUUCGACCCCUACCUCUCCGACUUCAAGCCGGUCGUCGAAGAAGACGACUACAUCCCUCUACCAGAAAACGACGAGACCAUAGACGGACUUCCAAUAUUCCUGCUGGAGCCAAAAAACUCUUAUGUACUGCGAACGAAACCAGCAACAUUGUUAUGUCGAGCAGCGAAUGCGCUACAGGUGUUCUUCAAAUGCAACGAUGUUAGAACAGAUAAGACUGUACAGUUGGAGCAUGUGGACCCUCAGAAUGGAGUGAGAGUAGUGGAAGCCGAGCUCAAUGUGACGAGGAAUGAGCUGGAUGAAUAUUUCGGAGGGAAAUACAGUUGCGAGUGCUACGCGUGGAAUAGUAAAGGGAAGAUUCGCAGUCAGGCGGUGUAUAUUGAAUUUGCUUACUUAAAGAAGCAAUUCGCGCAGCACCCCCAGUCAGUGACGGUGGAAGCCGGUCGUCAAGUGACCUUCCGCUGUAGUCCACCGCCAGCAGCACCACCAGCUACCAUCAGAUGGGCGAGGAACGGUAGCCCCAUUGAGGCUACUGAUGAAGCACUGGUGCUGCCAAGAGUGGGGUUGCAGGAUAUGGCAAACUACACCUGCUUGGCCGAAAACAUAGCUGGUCGGAGAGAGUCAGAUGUUGCGGUUUUGUCUGUAUAUGUAAACGGAGGCUGGUCAGACUGGUCACCAUGGAUACCGUGCCGGUGCGAGUCCCAAGCUGUUGGUAGACGACGCACUAGGACCUGCACGGAGCCAGCGCCAGCGAAUGGCGGUGCACCGUGUAGAGGACAGUCGUCACAGACUGAUGAAGACUGUCUGAGGUGCCAAAAUGGAUCGUGGUCAGUGUGGUCGCCAUGGUCAGAGUGUAGCGCGGAGUGCGUGCGCGUGCGGCGGCGGCAGUGUGUUGGUACUUGCGCGGGGCCCACCAUGCAACACGCCGCGUGUGUUGAUGGGGACUGCACAUCGGGGAUGGGUCUCUACAAGCCCAACGUCAGUCUCUACGUGGGUGUGGGCAUCACAGUGCUCAUGCUGUUAGCUGGCGCGGCUGUGCUGUACGUAUGGUGCCGGUAUAGAGCGCAGCCGGGGUACACUGCUGCUAGAGCUGGUAUCCCGAAGACGUACACGCGGGACAAAAGCGGGCCGGACUUGACGCGUACCUGCAACGAGUACUGGAUGCAGCGACCCGACAACACGUAUGAUAUGCCUCAGUUGAGGGACAGCUACGCCUCACCGUUCGGCACUCGCAGCCACCAGCAGUCCAUCGGGGGCAGUAACCACUACGAGAUGAAACCGUACAGUCCGUCCGGUGACUCCGCCUCCAGUUGUUACACCAAUACGCGGACGAUGACGUCACGUUCUAGCGAAUGCUCGUCGUCGCAGCUCGCGGAGCUGAUGACGUCACAGCCGCCAUCUUUGUCCAAGGUGGACGUAGCGGUCACCCUACCCCCCGGACAUACAGACAGCUACCGAGACAAGAUCUGCCUCACUAUAGUCAAAUAAUGUAGUACCUUCUUAUACGGAGGUUCUUAUAGUUCUGCAGGAUAAUUGAUUGAUUACGUAUCGACAGCUACGGUACAGGCGGCAAUGCCUGUCGCAUAGCUGUCGUAUCAUCUUGCUGGUCGGUUUGGUCGCACACCCGAUCAGAGUUGUGUAAGUUCGGUCAGGUCGGCCUGCGCGGCGGUCGGUUCGAUAAGAUUAGCCUUUCUGUAUAGCGGGGCCUUUACGCAUGGUUUCUAAGGUAUUUUGACAGGAGUUUAUCUUUGCGUUGUUAAUUGGUUAAUUUUUUGGCGUUAUAACUAAAAACGGCAGCGAAUAGAUAAACUUCUGUAAAGAAAUCUCAGCAGCCGGCAUUAGUACGUCAGAGUUAUAGUAACUUUGAGUUCCUUUGUUAUAGUUAAAACUUGAACGACACUAACAGCUAUGUAAUAUGGAUUAAUAA